UGGAGUCGAAGCGGCUGCAGCUGGCGCCGCGUCUGCCCCGCGUGCCCGGAGCGGAUUCUGCUGGCCGCCCCCGGAGCCCUGCUGAGCGGGUUAUCGCUUCCUGCCUGUGACCGACCAGCGUUGCAGAGCCUAGCAAUGCCGUUUGGGUGUGUGACUCUGGGCGACAAGAAGAACUAUAACCAGCCAUCGGAAGUGACUGACAGAUAUGAUUUGGGACAAGUCAUCAAGACUGAGGAGUUCUGUGAAAUUUUCCGGGCCAAGGACAAGACAACGGGCAAGAUGCACACCUGCAAGAAGUUCCAGAAGCGCGAUGGCCGCAAGGUGCGGAAGGCAGCCAAGAAUGAGAUUGGAAUCCUCAAGAUGGUGAAACACCCUAACAUCCUGCAGCUGGUAGAUGUGUUUGUGACCCGCAAGGAAUACUUCAUCUUUCUGGAGCUGGCCACGGGGAGGGAGGUGUUUGACUGGAUCCUGGACCAGGGCUACUACUCGGAGCGAGACACGAGCAACGUGGUGCGGCAGGUCUUGGAGGCUGUGGCCUACUUGCACUCGCUCAAGAUUGUACACAGGAACCUCAAGCUGGAAAACCUAGUGUACUACAACAGGCUGAAGAACUCAAAGAUUGUCAUCAGUGACUUUCACCUGGCUAAGCUAGAAAACGGCCUUAUCAAGGAGCCCUGUGGAACCCCGGAGUAUCUGGCACCGGAAGUGGUAGGACGGCAACGGUAUGGUCGCCCUGUGGACUGUUGGGCCAUUGGUGUCAUCAUGUAUAUCCUGCUUUCAGGCAACCCGCCCUUCUAUGAGGAGGUAGAAGAAGAUGACUAUGAGAACCAUGAUAAGAAUCUCUUCCGCAAGAUCCUGGCUGGUGACUAUGAGUUUGACUCUCCGUACUGGGACGAUAUUUCUCAAGCAGCCAAAGACCUGGUCACAAGGCUGAUGGAGGUAGAGCAAGACCAGCGGAUUACUGCAGAAGAGGCCAUCUCCCACGAGUGGAUUUCUGGCAAUGCAGCUUCUGAUAAGAACAUCAAGGAUGGUGUCUGUGCCCAGAUUGAGAAGAACUUUGCCAGAGCCAAGUGGAAGAAGGCUGUCCGAGUGACCACUCUCAUGAAGCGGCUCCGGGCACCAGAGCAAUCUGGAACAGCAGCAGCCCAGUCUGCUUCAGAUGCUGCCACUCCGGGGGCUGCUAGUGGGGCCAUUGCUGCAGCUGCAGGUGGAGCUGCCUCAGCCUCUGGGGCCAGUGCUACCGUAGCCACAGAGGGUGGUGCUGGGUGUACUGCCAAGAGUGAUGAAAUAGCCUCUGCAGAUCGUAGUGCUACCCCAGCCACAGACGGCAGCGCCACUCCAGCCACAGAUGGUAGUGUCACCCCAGCCACUGAUGGGAGCAUCACCCCAGCCACUGACGGGAGCGUCACUCCAGCUACUGACAGGAGUGUCACUCCAGCUACUGAUGGGAGAGCUACACCAGCCACAGAAGAGAGCACAGUGCCUGCCACUCAAAGCAGUGGCAUGCCAGCUGCAAAGGCAGCAGCCACCCCUGAGCCGGCUGUGGCCCAGCCGGACAGCACAGCCCUAGAGGGUGCCACAGGCCAGGCUCCACCCUCUAGUAAAGGAGAAGAGGCUACUGGCUGUGCCCAGGAGUCUCAGAGGGUGGAGACAAGCUGAAUGGGCAGCCUGUUGGGGGUUUUGAGGGAUGGGAAGGAGGGUGGGAGUUUGGAUGAGGGGCUUCUCACUGUAUAUAGAGUCACUGGCAUGAUGCCCUAGCUCCCCCCAAGCUCCCUCAUCCCAGUGGGGCAUGCCUGGGGGCCAUGGGAGAGCAGUCUCGUCUCCUGUGUGGAUGUAUGUGAGUGGUGGGCAGGCCAGAGGCAGGGCCAGCCCCAGCCCCUGCAUGGAUUCCUUGUGGCUUUCUGUCUUUCGCUAGCUUCACCAGUUUCUGUUCCUUGUGGGAUGCUGCUCUAGGGAUACUCAGGGGGUCCUUGCUCUCCUUCCCUUCCUGCCUCAUCACUUCCCCAGGCAGGCCCUGCAAACCUCAUACUUUCCCAGGCCCUAAAUGGGUGGCCUUGCCCUGAGAGCUGGUCCUCCAGCGAGGCCCUGUCAGCAGUGUUAGGCUCCUGCACAUGAAGGUGUGUACCUGUGGUGUUUGGGCUGCUCUAGGAGUAGACUCUGGCUGCAAGAGAGGAUGCAGCAAUCUAGGGCAGUGUGCUUUAAGUCUGGUCACAUGGUUGGGGGCAGGCACUGCAUGGUAGCUGUGGGGAUCCUCAGAAGUGGGAGAGAGAAUGGGCAGAAGCUUCCAUCUUUUUCCCUGGGUGGGGAUGGCAAUCUUCCCUCUGAAGAUUCUUGUGUUAUUUCAUAGCCUCCUGAGUCCUGUAGUGGGUUGCUCUGUAUCCUGAUUCUUAUGAAACUCUAAAGGAGAGAGCCAUGUCAGAUGCAGCAGCAGUGCCUAGGAGAACAGAGUACAGGGCCAACACCAGUGCCCCAGCCUAUCUGGGUCCUUCCUGUGAGCUGAAUACGGAGGGGUGGUGUCCCCCCAUGGUCUUCCUAGAUGCCACUACCAAGGAAGAGACUUUUCCCAUAGUCACCUCAUGCAGGCUCAGGCCAUAAAUCCGCUUCCUCCCAGGGAGGCAUGGCAGUACCUCAUAGACUGCAUUGGGAGCUUGCUUUUUCACAGCGGCAGAUUUUCUGCUCUUAGUUCAGUAACACGGAGAGACUUUUCCUCGGUUUCUACUAUCAGAGGUUAAGGUAUCACUCAGCCCUAUAAAGUAGCUCUGGCUGGGAUGAGGAAGCAGAAUAAGAUCCCCCAGCUCCCUGAGGGAUGCUCUUGGCAGGUGCCCUUGGUCAGACCCUACCACAGCCUGAACAGGCAGCCACGCUGGUCCUUGCCCUUGCUCGGCACUCUAUGGUGGUCCUGCCCUUCUCCCUGCAUGCCUGUGGGUCUGCUCUGGUAUGUGAAGGUUGGUGGGCUAACUGUGUGCCUGCUGAACCUGGCAAAUAAACGUCACCCUGCAAAGUCUCUGGCCACCCUCUUGCCUUUGCUUCCUCUGUCCUAUUGGGGAGGAGCCUAUGGAAGGCACUGGGGGAGGGAAGAGGCUGUGGGAGCAGGUUUUGAGUAGUGGCUGAUGCUCUCAGUGCAUUACUUGGGGUGAAAGUGGAGGUCACCUUCUCCAGUGUCUACCUGGAUGAUGUUGGAAAUCCUCUGGACUCUAAAAGACUACAGGAAUGGUGUUUUUCAGCUGAGAUCUAACCUGGACAGAGCACUGAAGGGCUGAUCCUUUCCCGAUUCUUGCUGACAAAGAGCCUUUGUCUUAACUUGGACAUAGAGGUGGAAUCCACUGAGGGCCAACCACUAUAGAAGUGACCUUGCUCGUGGGCACAGUGGGCCUCCUUGGGCUGAGGAGAGGGUGGGGUUGCACAACAGUUCUGUGCUGUAUGUUGAUGCCUACUUCCUGUGAAUACCUGUGCUUUCCACUUAGACCAAAAAGAUUUCAUUCUGUCUUCCCCGGCUGGUGCAUACCUGCUUUAUAAUAUGGAGUCAUGUAUGUUUCUUCUGGGGGAGUAAUACUGCUAACAAUGCGGUAAAAAUCGCUAAGGAGACUCGCGGCAACUCAGACGGGCUUUGGUGAACUCAUCUGGGUUGCUUUCUCAGGGAGGACCUUAACUUAUCUGAUGUGGGAAUAAUAAAGA